GGCUCCAUCUAAAUGCCCACUUUCUGGCUGGUGCUUGCCAUUAAUUAAGCCAAUAAUGAUUAGUCAUUGACAUUAUGCUCCCUAAGGAUUAUCCCCAAAUGACCACACAGAAAUCAUAGAAUCAUAUCAUUGUUGAGUUGGAAGGGACCCCAAGGGUCAUCUAGUCCAACCCCCUGCAAUGCAGCGCUCGCCCUGUUGGGGAAACAUAUUUUAAUUUUAGAUGUGGAUUCAUCGAACUAAUUAUUUUAUACUUUUCAGAAUAAAUGUAAAAACUGAUGGAAACUGAGGAUGAAAUUGCCAUUGUGGGGAUCGGAUGCAAUUUUCCUGGAGGUGAAGGAAUUGAUAAUUUCUGGCGAGUUCUAGUAGAAGGCAGAAACUGUGUUGUAGAAAUACCUCCGGAAAGAUUUGAAACCCAAAGCUGGUAUGAUCAGGACAGUCACAAGCCAGGAAAGACGAACACAAGACAUGCCGCUUUUACUGAUGAGUUUAAUGCAUUUGACAACAGGCUUUUUGGAAUUAAUGAUGUGGAAGCUGAGCGCAUGGAUCCCCAGCAGAAAUUACUCCUGGAAUGCACAUAUAGAGCACUGGAAGAUGCAGGAGUCCCUAGAGAAAACAUAAGUGGGUCAAAAACAGGAGUUUUUGUUGGUAUGAUGAAUCAAGACUACAGGCUAAUGAGUGGCAGAAACCUCACUGAAGUAAGCCACUAUGAUGGCACUGGGACAGCAAUGAGCAUAGCUGCUAACCGGAUUUCAUAUACAUUUAAUCUGACUGGGCCAUCGGUUGCCAUUGACACAGCUUGCUCCUCAUUUAAUUAUGCUUUGCACUUUGCUUUGCAUGCAAUUAAACAAGGAGACUGCGAAGCUGCUCUUUGUGGAGGAGUGAACUGCAUAAUGGAACCACGGGUCUUUGUAGCUCUUAGUAAAGCCAAGAUGCUAUCCCCUGAAGGAGUCAGCAAACCCUUUUCUAUAAAAGCCGAUGGCUAUGGAAGGGGAGAAGGUUGUGGAGUUCUUUUGCUGAAAUCGUUAAAGAAGGCGCAGGAAGACUUCAACAAAAUAUGGGGUGUCAUCAGCAUGAGUGCAGUCAACCAGAAUGGAAGAUCCGUCACACCGAUCACCAGACCAUCUCAAGAGGAGCAGGAGAAGUUGCUGCUCAGCAUCUACCCAGAUCGUGUUGAUCCAUCUGUUGUGCAAUAUAUUGAAGCACAUGGCACAGGGACACCUGCAGGAGAUCCUGUUGAGGCAGAGAGCUUAGGUAAUGUCAUUGGUAAAAAGAGGUCUCCUAAUCUGCCCCCUCUCAAGAUUGGCUCCGUUAAAGGGAACAUUGGGCACACAGAGUCAGCUGCUGGAGCAGCAGGCUUAAUCAAAGUUCUUCUCAUGAUGCACCAUGGGAAGAUAGUGCCAUCCUUGCACUUUUCAGAGAGCACAAGCAGCAUAAAUACAGGGAAACUGAAUCUCUCCAUCCCAACAACAGUGGAGAAGUGGGAGGAGUCCAGUGAUUUUGGCAGAGUUGCUGGGAUCAACUGUUUUGGAUUUGGGGGCACCAAUGCCCAUGUGGUUGUCAGACAGUUUAAACAAACCCAGGUUAUUUCUCCAGUCCAAAGGCCUGUCGAAUUAUUUGUCAUUUCGGCAGCUUCAGGAGAUUCUCUCAAACGGGCUAUAGAAGACACAACUAGACACAUCAGCACAAGGGAUUCCGUAACACUCUCAAAUCUGGCCUAUACAUCUGCUUGUAGAAGAAGCCAUAUAAACUUCAAGUACAGAAAAGCAUUUGUGGCAUCUUCACUACAGAAACUAGAGCAACAGCUUUCCCCUGCAGCUGAAAUGGAAACAGCUCCGCUGAAGAAACCGCCACAAUUAAUUUUUGUAUUCUCUGGUAACGGUCUGGAUCUGAAAGGGAUACCUGAGAUAUUGCUGAGGUCUGAGCCAGUGUUUAGAGACAAAUGCAAAGAAAUAGAAAGGCUGUUUCUAGAAUACCUUCCCACAGGAAUCCUAAUAUCAAAAGAAAAUGAACACAAAGAUUUGUCCAGGCCUGAAGUUGCCCAGCCCUUACUCUUUACACUGCAGGUGGCCUUGGUUACACUCCUGCAACACUGGGGCGUUAAGCCGAUUGCUGCUGUUGGCCAUUCAGUUGGCGAAGUAGCUGCUGCCCAUUGUGCUGGAUUGAUUUCCCUGGAAGAUGCUGUCAAAGUCAUCUACCACAGGAGCAGGCUGCAGGCUAAAGUCACUGGAGGGAGAAUGCUGGUGGUUGGCAACAUUCCCGUUGCAGAGGUGUCAGCAGCCCUUGGUGCAUAUUCCGGGAAAGUCUGUGUUGCAGCGUUUAACAGUCCUUUGUCUUGCACAUUAUCAGGAGAUGAAGCGUCUAUCCACGCCAUUCAGAAGGAUCUGGCUGAGCACUUCAGUAAAAGAAACAUAUUUCUUCAUGUUUUAAAUGUGCCAGCUGCAUAUCACAGCCAUAUGAUGGAUCCAGUACUAACCGAGGUAGCAGAAAAUCUAUCAGAAUUAAAGAAAGGGAAGCCAGAGAUUGACCUAAUUUCUACAGCAACAGGGAAGGCUGCUUCAGAUGGUGAUUUUGUUACAGGCACCUACUGGGCCAGACAGGUUCGGGAUCCUGUUUUUUUUGUAGAAGCUAUAACAACUGCAGCAAAAAGCAGAGGUGAUCCUGUAUUUGUGGAAAUUGGUCCACAGAGUGCACUGAAAAGAUAUAUAAUUGAAGCAUUAGGGACACAAGCAAAAGUUUUUCCUUCCUUGCACCUUGACAAAGAGUAUAUGACCCUUCUCACACUUGUUAAAGGCCUUUUUGAAUUGGGAGUCAAUCCAGAUUGGGAGCACAUCUAUGCAGGAUAUCAGGGUGUACCAGCAGCCUAUCCCAGGUAUCAAUUUGAUCACAAGAAGCUCAUGUCAUUUUUAAACAUGCUCCAGCAGCCAACUCAAACCAAGCCGGACACAAACCACCUGUCAAUUCAUAAUGUCAGCAAUGACAGUUCAGAAUUCAAGUAUUCCAUAUCUCAGACAGUGACUCCAUAUUUGUACGAGCACAAGCUCAAUGGUGUUGCUCUGGUUCCUGGUGCCUUUUUUGUUGAACUUGCUUUGUCAGCUGUGAUGGCUAGCUCAGGAAGAAAGGAGCCCUUAAGUUUGUGUCAGAUGAGCAUGAAGUUUGAAUCGCCUUGUGUUUUAAGUGAAAAUUCUCAUGAUUUGAAGCUAAAAGUGGUGUCACAAAAGGAAACAAAAGAUUUCAAAAUACUGUCCUCAUCUGGUGCGAUAUAUGCAUCUGGACAGAUCACAUGGAACCAAGAAACCUUUCUUGAAGAAAAUCACAUUUCAUAUAGACAUGUUUUUCAGCGGUGUAAAUCAAUUGUCCGAAAGGAUGAAAUAUACGAAACAUUAUCUCGUUUUGGAUUUCAAUAUGACUCAGUAUUCAAGCAGCUAAGUGAUGUGUUUUAUUGUGAAGAACUGAAGGAAGCCAUAACCAUCAUUAAGGUGAACAAGCAAACCAGGGGAGAACUGCACAAGUAUUUUAUUCAUCCAGUGAUAUUAGACUGCUUUCUGCAAAUGACUGGUGUGAUGACCACAAAAACCAGGAACAACUGUACAGGGUUUCCUUCCAACAUAAGCAGCCUUGUAAUUGUCCGACCUUUGGAAGAGGAAAUGAUGAUAUAUCUGAAAACAAGUAAGUCUACUGAGAACUAUUUAGAGUUUUGUGGAUGCUUCACAGAUAAACAAGGCUCUGUUUUGGUUGAGAUUAAACGUGUUGGGAUCACUCUUCUGAAGAGAACGUCCAAUAGUGGUGAUGGUUUCCUUUUUGAAAAUCAGUGGAAAGAGGUAGCCCCUUCCCGGAUUAUCCAAACCUCAGGAGAUGCACCCAGAGCUGCAGUGUUUGCUGACAAAAUUGGAGUUUCUCAACAGCUCAAAAAAUAUUUACAUAAAGAUUCUAGGUUUUUGAUGUAUGAAGACUGGGAGAGAUUACUGGUGUCAGGAAGCUCAAAUUCAGCUGCUCAGGACAAAAUUAGGUUAGAGGUACAUGACCAGAGUGAUGUUUUGUUUAUGUGGGGAAUUCAAAGAUCAAAUGGAGAAAAUCCUGAGAGUGUUGUUGCAAGCUUAUCCAAAUGUUGUGAAGCUUUCCGGCAGCUUGUCAUUGCAUUAAGAGAGAAGAACAGUCAUGGUUCCAUCAAGAUAAUUACAUACAGAGCAACAGGCAGGACAGUAGAUCACAUUAACCCUGGCUUGGCUUUGUAUGGCAUGGUAAGAUCCUGCAUUCUUGAAGCUACUGAAAUCACAUUUCAGAUUAUUGAUAUUGGUUCAACAAGUGCAACGGACAUAGCAGUUUUAGCAGAUGUUUUAGCAGAAUAUGAAGCAGAUCAAUAUGCUGAAGUCUGGAUUAAUCAGGGGAGAAUUUACACUUCUGAAAUUAGAUGCACACAGGUUAAUGAUAUGUCCUACAGUGGUCCUUCCCAGUCUCUUCAAGAGUCUGAGCUGUCAACUUUUUACACUUCUGAGCCUCAUGAAGUAAGAAAUCUAUUUGCCGAGCCAGCUGACCACAUUGAUAUUUCUCUUGAUAAUCACAAUGUUGAAGUGCAAGUAGAGAAAAUAAGUAUCCAUUCUGAAGACUAUUAUCCUGUUAGUGUUUCCAGCUGUGACUUUGGAAACACAUUAUACUGGAAUUCACAGACCAUCGAUAAAUACAAGUUCUUGGCUCUGGACUACAGUGGGACGGUGAUUGCAACAGGCAGUGAUGUAAAAAAGAUCAAAGUGGGAGAUCAUAUUGUUUCAUGCUACCCUGUGGCUGCAUCUUCAAGAAUCAGGAUUCCAGAAGCAGUGUGUUUCAAAACCCAGAAAUUCCCAUGUUUUCAAACUUUACCCUGUGUCUCCUUCUUUAGGAUAGGAUGGGAAAUUUUGCACCAGAUGUUACCAAAGAUGAAACGCAAUAGAUGUUUAGGCAUUAUUUCUGAUGAACCACAGUCGGUUUUGUGUAAAGUGCUUGCUUUGUCAGCUCGGGAAUUGGGCUGGAACACCUUAUGUACAGCACUUGACAGCAGCCUGGAGAAAAGAGUAGCUCAAUGCAAUGCCCUUGUCUUUCUGCCCUUCCUAGAAAGAUUACCCAAAGACGUCUUAGCCCGUCUUUCACAUCUUCAGGAUGUUGUGGUAAUCGAUGGGAACCACCAUUCUGAACACUUGCGAUCUCUAAUUGGAAGUGGUCAUGAAAACUUUCAAAUUCAUAUUCUCAGUCUUGCAACCAUUUUUCAGAAAUCAUCGCUGAAACAUUCCCACAAGCCUUUCAGUAACUGGUUGAAAUCAAUGCAAUGCAGGCAAUUCAAGGACUUGCCUUGUUCCGUUUUUCAGCAGACAGAGAACAGUGAGAGCAUAGACACUAUAACAUCCUACUUUACCUGUAAGGCUGUCUCAUUUGCUGUGCUGAAAGGCAAUGAGCAGAACAGGUGUAUUUCUGACAUACCAGUGCAUGAAGCAAAGCGGAAGAUGUUUAAGCAGAAUGCUGUUUACAUAGUCGCAGGAGGACUCACUGGGCUUGGCUAUGAAACUGUUAGAUUUAUUGCUCAAAAUGGAGGAGGAUGCAUCGUGAUCCUUUCAAGGAGAAAGCCCAGCAUUGAAAAGCAGAAGGAAAUAAGUGAUUUGCAGAUUCAGAACAAGUGGAGCAAUAUCAUCAGUCUGCAGUGCAAUGUGACUUUUUGGCCUGAGGUUGAGAAAGCAAUCAGUUCAAUCAGCAAAAUCUUUCCAAAGUGUCCAAUCAAAGGUGUUUUCCACAGUGCUGUGGUUUUGCAUGAUGGGCGCAUUGAAAAUAUGACCCUCUCCAGCUUUGAGAAAGUUUUAAGCCCAAAGGUUGCUGGUGCCAUCAAUCUCCACCACGCCACUCAGGGACAUGCUCUUGAUUAUUUUGUAUGUUAUUCAUCUGUUGCUUCCUUUCUUGGAAGUUCAUUGCAAGCAAACUAUGCCGCUGCCAAUUCCUUCUUGGACCUUUUCUGCCAAUUCAGAAGAAACUGUGGACUGUCAGGACAAUCCAUCAACUGGGGUGCCUUGAAUCUCGGACUCAUGGAAGGUCAAAAUCAACUUCAAAAAUUGGUGGAAUCAAAGGGUAUAUCAGUUCUGCAAGUGGAUGAGAUCUAUGAGAAUCUUAAAACAAGCUUAACUCUGAACCACCCUCAGCAAGCUGUGGUGAAGCUGAAUUUCAAAACAAUGCUCAACCAUUACUAUCGUCAAAUUCCAGCAAUCAGAAGUCGCAUGCAUACUAUUAUGAUAGAACAAUUUGGCAGUCAGGCUGAGCUUUUUGAACAAGCCAUGUCCAAGGAUUUGGCUGCACUAAAAUCUGAUGACUAUAUCAUAUCAUUGGUGAGUCAGCUCACUAGUACAGAUCCAAGUGACAUUGCAAUGAAUACACCCCUUUUGUCCCUUGGCAUAGAUUCCAUGUUGGCCAUGACUCUGCACAAUCUCAUUUAUCUAGAACGAAAGGUUGAUAUACCACUUGUGAAAGUUCUUGAUCCUCAUAGCACAGUGCUUAGUUUAGCACUGUUUUUAGAAGAAUGUUCUAAAGAACCUGGGAAACCUGAGUGAUUCCUGAGGGAAAAUGAACUGUGAAAUAGAAACCUGAAAUAUCUUUUCCUAGCUUCAGUGUUGAUUUUAUUUGCAUCAUU